AUGAUCCCCGCAGUGCAAAGAACUGGAUAUCAGUGGGUGGACGGCCCCGGAGCGCAGCCCCCACAGCAGCCGGCACCGCCGCCGCAGGCGCCUCCCCAACCUGGAGGAGUUCCCAUGUACGGAAUGACCCAGGCCCAGGCUGGCACGCAAUGGGUCGACAACCCGAACCCACCACCCGUUCAAGACAUGGUCUACCAGUGGGUCGACAGCCCGUCCUACGGACGACCACCGGCGGCUGCUGCCCACCCGCAGCCCUACGUGCAGGCGGCGCCGGCGAACCCGUACUACCCAGGUGUGGAUCCUGCAUACGGUGGGCCACCGCGCCCCAUGGACCCCAUGCUGGGGCAACCGGGCAUCGACCCCUUGCGACCACCUGUGCAGGGCUUGGACCCCAUUGCUGCCCAAUACCAGGCGGGACUCGCCCACUACGGGGCCCCGCCGGAUGCCAGCCGCUACGCACACCCACAGGCGGGGAUGGCGCCUCCCUACGCGCCAAGGCAGCCGCUGGGAAUGGAUGACCUGACCUCGAUUCGAAUGGGCGGCAAGGGCAUGCCAGGUGGAAUGGACGCCUACGGACAGGCCGGCUAUGGCUACGGCCACGACCAAGGCAAGCGCGGCCACGCUGGAAAGGGGCAAAACGGAGCGCGGGGCCAGAGGCAAGUCGACGACGGGCGCGCCAAAGGGCGCCAGGCAGUUCCUCCUGGGCGACAGGUGGACGUGGGCAGCAAGGGGCAAGCCUCUGGUGUGGACCUACAGGGCCAAGCGGCGCUCGAGAGCCUUGGCCCAGAAGGACUCCGCCAGAUGCUCAUCUCGACCCUCGAGUCUCUGUACCAGGAUCGCAUCAAACCGAUGGCCAACUACAUCAAGGGCCGAUUGAAAGAGAGGUCCGUGCCAGAUAUCAUUGUGAAAUCGUUUGAAGACUUGUACACGCAGCACCCGGACCUCUUCGACGUGCAGAAUCCGAAAAGUGGCGAAGAGACGACGAUCUACUUCCACAAGCCGCCAGCUUGGUUCAAAGGCUGGGUGGACAUCGAUUCGCCCGAUGAUCCCUACGAUGAGACAAUGUGGAAGGAGCUCGCAAAGUUCCUGGAUGGCGAGCACACCUUCGCGGGAGGACGCUACGGCAUGGCCCGUGAGCUGAUGCAGCGAAACCUCCCCUUCCUGGCCAAUCACUCGCUCGGCGAAGUUUGCCACAUCGUUCAGCUGGCGAUUCAACAUCGCAGGUUGAUCGUGUACCAUCGCAAGAUGCUGAAGCCAAUCCAGACAGUGCUAUGCCAACUGUCACCUGACGGGAAUGGAACUGUGGACAACCAAGAGGCCAUCUCCACUUUGAGGGGAUUGGUUGGUUUCUUCGCAUUCAGUCGGCUGUUCGUCAGAUGA